AUGACACUUAAUGCAAAGGAUAUCUACUCUAAGCCGAACGCAGAAUAUGUUCCGUUCGCAAGUCGACGGAGUACUGUGCACAGUCGGAAUGGCAUCGUUGCGUGCACCCAGCCUUUGGCAGCGGCUGCAGGUCAUCGUAUCCUGAGUGAAGGUGGAAAUGCAGCGGAUGCUGCUGUUGCUGUUGCGGCUGCUCUCAAUAUGACUGAGCCUGGUUCAACUGGUAUUGGAGGCGAUAUGUUUUGCCUGUACUAUGACUCUAAGAAUCAGAAGGUCUACUCACUGAAUGGAUCUGGUCGAUACCCUGGCAAAGCUACUCUAGAACAGGUGCGCAAGGACCUAAACCUUGCAACUGGAGAAGAUGGAAGCAUACCAAGGCUUAGCUCUCUAGCUUCAACUGUUCCUGGAGCAGCUGCUGGAUGGGUCGAUACAGUUGAGAAGUUUGGAAGUGGUAAGCUUACCUUGGAACAGAUCCUUCAACCUGCCAUUGAGAUGGGUGAAGAAGGGUUUGUAGUCUCAGAACUAUCGUCUCACGGUUGGCAGAAUGCUGAGAGCAAUAUACGUUCGGCAUCGCCUAAUUUUCGGGAGAUGCUCAAGGUUGACCCCUUAGCAAAGGAUGGAGUUCGAAGCCCACUUGCAGGUGAAAUCAUGAAAAACCCCACUUUAUCAAAGACCUUCCGUGCUCUGGCAACCGAAGGAAAGAAGGGCUUCUAUCAAGGCCGAGUUGCUCAGCAAAUUGUGAAAGUUAUUCAAGAUUUAGGUGGUUACCUAAGUCUUGAGGACCUUGCUCAUCAUGCCGAAGUUGGUACACAGGAAACUGAAGCUAUUUUUCUUGAUUUUGUCGGCCAGCGCAGUACAGAAUCUAACAAAGAUGGUGUUCGAGUCUGGGAACAUCCGCCAAACGGCCAAGGCAUCGUGGCCUUGAUAGCGCUCGGAAUUAUGGAAGAGCUUGAGAAAACGGGCAAAAUCCCUAAAUUCAGUCAAGAAGAACACAACUCGGCGGAAUAUCUUCAUGCUGUGAUCGAAAGUUUGCGGAUCGCCUUUGCUGAUGCCGCCUGGUGGGUCACAGAUCCUGACGUCGAAAAGGUCCCAUCACAGGGUCUACUGGCAAAAGACUAUCUGGCCGAGAGAGCUAAACUGUUCUCAUCGGAUUCUGCAGCCAAGAUUAUUGACCAUGGCAGUCCUGCCCAUAACCAUUGCGAUACGGUUUAUUUUGCUGUCACCGAUAAGGAUGGUAAUGGAAUGUCCUUUAUCAACAGUAACUACGAGGGUUUUGGUACAGCUAUCAUCCCAGCCGGUUGUGGAUUUACCCUACAGAACCGUGGUGCCAACUUUUCACUCAACGCCGAUCACCCGAAUUGUUUAGCACCGGGAAAGCGUACAUACCACACUAUCAUCCCCGCAAUGAUCACCAAUAUGGACGGCUCUCUCCAUUCGGUAUAUGGUGUUAUGGGUGGUUUCAUGCAGCCUCAGGGACAUGUCCAGGUGCUACUUAAUAUGCUUGCAUUUGGAUACCACCCCCAGGCUGCUCUUGAUUCACCACGGAUCUGCAUUGCUGCACCCGUAUCGAAUGGAAAGGAAAAUGACGGUACGAUAUACGUGGAAGAGGGCAUCAGCCAGAGCUCUAUCGAGGGCCUCCAGCUCCUUGGACAUAAAAUCAAGGUACUGAAUGGUUGGGACCGUGCGAUGUUCGGCCGGGGUCAGAUCAUUCGUUUACACUAUGAUGAAGGACAGCUUGUUCAUAGUGCUGGCAGUGACCCAAGAGGUGAUGGAUUGGCUUUCCCUGUGCUCUGA